GUUCCACCACGAGCAGCAGCUAUCGCGCGAACUCUUACAUUGAUGCACUCGUCGUCGUACACUAUAUAGGAAUAUUAAAUUAUAUGCGUGUCUAUUAGUCGUUCACGACCGUUCAUACGACGUUUUCCGCGUCCAAAAACUAUAUUUUCUAUCGUCCGAAUUUUUUCGAUUUGAGCGUACUAUUACUUUGUUUCUCCGUGAAAAUCAGAACAAUGAACAUCGACAGCGUGCUUGUCACUGUGGGAAUGGGCCGUUACCAGUUUGCAGGGUGCGUGCUUUUCGGCUUCAUGAUAAUGUAUUCGAACGUGUCGCCAGUUACCUACGUCUUCACCGCUGGUGAUUUGAAAUACAGAUGCGCGAUACCGGGAUGUGACUCACCAGACCCGGCUGAACGAACUUACGAACCAGAAUGGUUGAGAUUCACUACGCCUUAUCGGGAAGACACGGAACUGCCGCGCAAAUGUAAGCGGUACUCCAGGAAUCCAGCUAACAGUUCACAGUGCACCCAAGGUGACUUCGACAGAAAUACGAUGGAAUUAUGCAGUGACGGAUGGGUGUUUGAAGAUAACGAGAACACAAUCGGCACGGAAUUUGGACUUAUGUGCGAGGAAAAGAAAUGGAAGCUGUCGAUGGUGGGCACAGUCAACAACUUCGGUCAGUUUAUCGGCAUACCUGUAUCUGGAAUCAUCGCAGACAAGUUUGGUCGAAAGUUUGCUAUGGUUUUUUGUGCUGUUACAUCGGCCAUAAUAUGUAUUAUUCAAUCGUUUUCUGUCAAUUACCAGAUGUUCCUGGUUUUAGAAUUGUUGUCUUCCAUCGUUUCUAGCGGUGUUUAUACAGUCACUUUCGUAUUAGCAAUGGAAUUGGUGCUACCUAAUCACCGAGUACUAUACUAUUCAAUUCUGGAAUGUUUCUAUCCAAUUGGUGCCAUACUGGUGGCUUUUAUCGCCAGUUUAGUGAAAGACUGGAGACUUUUGUUGCAGAUAGCCAACAUCCCGGGAUUGCUGUUCUUGUCAUAUUUUUGGCUUACGGAAGAAUCGAUGAGAUGGUUGGAAAUGCAAGGCAAACACGACAGAGUGAUGGAUGUGCUCAAGAGAAUAGCGGGUAUUAAUAAAAAGUCUUUGCCUGUACUGACUUCUAAUGCACAAAUAGAGACGAUAAAUUACGACGACGAAAGCGAUGCAAAGUACGUCAAUAUUUUAAAAGACGUAAUUGGCUCUCCGACAAUAUUAUGUAGGCUGAUCAGAUGUUCACUUGUGUGGAUAGCGAUAACGUUAGUGUACUAUGGGCUGACAAUAUGUGCAACUGACAUUGCAGGAGACAAGUAUCUAAACUUCUCGUUGGCUUCAUUCGUUGAGAUACCGGCCUGCUUGUUGAAUUGGUUGAUUAUGGAAGGAAUGUCCCGAAAAAUGUCGUUGUCCUGUAUGUUUAUCUUAAGUGGUUUUACCAGUGUCCUAUACAACUUAGUGCCGGACUCAUUACUUCUGAUAAAGUUAUUGAUAUUCUUGAUUAGUAAACUCGCAAUAUCAAUCGCAUUUUGCAUAAUUUACAUGCUGACUGUAGAGAUAUUUCCAACCAGGAUGCGAGCGACCCUGUUAUCCGUGUGCUCUAUGAUCGGUCGGAUUGGAUCCAUGUUGGCACCACAGACCACGCUGUUGGCGGAAUACUUUGGCAAUUAUGUGACGAUGCUCGUGUUUGGUGCGACGGCACUAGUGGCAGCCGCGAUCACCAUGACUCUUCCGGAAAGCAAAAACAUCAAGUUGCCCGACACGGUCGUCGAAGCUGAACGGAUCGGGAUAGACCGCCUGCUACCCGAAAACAUCGAAAACUCUUAAUCUUACAAUAAUUCAUAAUUAUUAAUAAUAAUAUUUUUAUACGCACGCUCGAAAUGAUUUUAUAAUGUGCGCGGAACGUCCCCGAACGCCACAAGUACAGUGGUUUUCGCGAAGAUUUUAAAAUGUAUACUCUAUAAAUAGUAUAUUGUUUAUAUGCGGCGUUUUUAGUUAGCUUGUUGUUUCGGGACCACUCUAUAUACGUAAUAAUAAAUUUGUUACUUCUCUCUGCAGCUCAUCGUCAUAGAUGUUUCGACGUCUCGUGCACACAUAAUUUACCAAUAGCGCGAAAGGUACCAUUGGAAAAUGUGAGGAACCGAUAAUGAGACCGGUGAUCUAUCUGUGCACCUCGCCAAAUCGAUAAUCCAAAAAUAAUGCAAUGAUCUUUCAAUUCAUUUUCUUGAUCGGAGAACUAUUGCUUUCGAAAUACAUCAUUAUUCUUAUUUA